CAAAUGGUAAAUAUUUGGAAGAACACAGAGUUUCUACAUAAUUUUUAUUAUGUAAAUUAACAUUUAUUUCAUUCUAUUUUUAAUUGUAUUGGAGAUCUCAUUAUUAUUAUUAUGAUCAUGGGUUUCCAUUCUUUCUAAUCAAACUGUACGCUUAAGGUGAGGUAUGGACAAAUAAUAAAUAGAUUUUUUUGUGAUAAGGAAAAUUAUUAUAUCCAAUUGAAUGAUGAUCAAAGGAUCAGAACUUCUUCCACAUGGGAAUGGCCCUUUGACUUUAAUAUUUUUCAUUAUAGUAUUUUUUGGUUGUUUAAAAACAAAUUAAUAUUAAUUAAUAGUACUGCCAAGUGGCCAUUCCUGUCAUUUCGUACAGUUGAUAUCAUACAAUUACUUUACAAUGCAACGUCGCGCGUGGAUCAGAUCUUACUUUAACUCUUCAGAAAUAUGAGGACACGUGUCGUACGUACAUGCAUGAGAUAGCAUAUAUAUACAAUAUAAUAUAAUUAAUUAUAGCUGCAAUAUUAAGGUUAUUUAGUUAGAAUAUUAAUUUGUUUAAUUUAGACAUCAUCUCAUCUAUAAGGCAUUAUUAAUUAUUUGCGGUUAUUAGUUAAUGUAUAUAAUAAAUGUAUCGAUGGGGAUCAAUUGACGAUCGAUGAGGAAAAAAGUUACUAACCAUACAAUCAAUUUAUUAAUCUUAUAUGUAUAUAUAUAGUGAAUGAAUCAUGAUACGUACAAUAUUUAUUAAUUUAAUUGAGAAGGUGGAGGACCUACCUACCUACGACUCUUAAUUAUCAAAAUAUUUUUAUUUGCUUGAUUUAUUGCUCCUUUUUAGUUUUAUCAAAAUCAUGACCAUUUCACAAUUUUCUAAAAUUAAUUAUAUUAAUAACAAAAUUCCAAAUCAAACAUGAAUUCGGCAGCAUUAUAAUGCAUGUUUUCGUAAUUUUAGAUUUUAUUUUGGUCCUGUUUUUCUUCGAAGACGCUAUUUGCUUUUCAUUUUUAUUAAUUCCUUCAUAUAUAAUAUAUUUAAUGAUUUAUCUAAUCUAACCUAGUUAAUAAUAUACAUACUAGUACUUAAUUAAUAUAUAUAUAUAUAUCCAUGUAUUAUUAUGAAAGAUAUUAAUAUAUAUAACUAAUUAUUACUUUUUUUUAAGUACCGAAGAAAUUUUUGAUUAAUAUUGGUUAUAUAUACUAAAUAAUUAUUAUAAUCUUCAUUGACAUUCUUUGAAUAUUAUUAAGUAAUAAUCAAAUUAUUAAUUUGCUCCUAUUUAAUUAAUAAUAUCUUUAUUUGCACUCUUAAUUAGAAAGAAUCCUGUGAAAUUAAAUUUUUCUUAAAGAAAGAAAGGAAAUUGUAUACAGCCGUACACAUUGAAUUUAAAUAUUUAUUAUUUUUAAAUGUAUAUAAGACCCUUAUUUUGGACGACAAAACCUAUCAAUUAAUUAAUUGGGAGAGAUUCCUUGGAGAAGAGUAUUAGUAGUAGUAGUAGUAAUAGUACUCGAUCGAUCUAUGUGCAUGGUAGCAGUAUAUAUAUUAGCAUUCUCAAUCUGAUUUUCCAAGAUUAUAUAUAUAUAAUAGAAUCUGAGAAUACAUAUACAUAGAUAAUGAGGAUUAAUAUGAAUAUGAGAAUGCAUAUGUGGUGUUUAUUAAAGAUGAUGUUGGUAUUAUUAGUAUUGGAAUAUUCAGGGGGGGCAGAGGGUGCGUCGUACAACAUCAACGUGGUGAGCUUUGGUGGAAGAUCAGAUGGCAAAACAGAUUCGACCAAAGCAUUCGCAAAGGCAUGGUCAUGGGCAUGCUCAGCAAGGGCCAACACCGUCACACUCUACGUUCCCAGGGGUACUUUCGUCAUUAAGAGCCUGGUGUUCAGUGGGCCCUGCAGGAGUAGAAUCGUGUUCCAGAUCGAUGGCACUCUCCUGGCUCCUUCCAACUACUGGGACUUGGGCUCCUCUGGCCAUUGGAUCUUGUUCAGCAAGGUCAACAGGAUGUCAAUCCACGGCCGUGGCACUCUUGAUGCCAGAGGACAUGCUUUCUGGGCUUGCCGCAGAUCUUCCCACGCUAAAUGUCCACCAGGAGCAAGGUCGAUUUCUCUUUCGUGGUGCAGUAACAUAGUGGUGAAUGGGAUAACAUCCCUAAACAGCCAAACCAUACACAUAUCAAUGGACCAUUGCAAGAACGUGGUGAUUCGAAAGGUGUACAUAAGAGCACCAAGCUCAAGCCCCAACACAGACGGCAUUCUCCUGCAGGCAUCGACGGGCAUCACGGUGAGCCGGUCAACCAUCAUGACAGGGGACGACUGCGUUGCAAUCAAAUCGGGGUGCAGCAACGUGUGGAUAGAAGGAAGCAACUGCGGACCAGGGCACGGCAUCAGCAUAGGCAGCCUUGGGGACUCAUCCAACGAAAGCGGAGUACAGAAUGUGACCGUCACGAGCUGUACCUUCACAAAGACUCAAAACGGGGUGCGCAUAAAAACGUGGGCCAAGCCCAGCAACGGCUAUGCCACCAACAUCCACUUCAGAAACCUUGUGAUGAACAAUGUGGACAACCCCAUCAUCAUCGACCAGGGCUACUGCCCCGGCGGUGGAGGUGGCUGUCCUCGCCAUUCCUCUGGUGUUAGGAUCACCAAAGUCACUUACAGUAACAUAAAGGGUACUUCGGCUACCAAGGUUGCUGUGAGGUUGGCUUGUAGCCCAACCAAUCCAUGUUAUGGGAUCAAACUUCUCAAUGUUAAACUCCUUUAUCUCAAGAAAUCACCAGCUUCUCUUUGUGCUUAUGCUCGUGGCUCUUCUUCCGGAGUAGUCAUUCCAAGGAGUUGUCUCACUAAAUAAUAUUAUCUAUUAUUAUUAUUAUUAUAAAUUAUAAUAUUACAAUUUCAUUAUUAUUAAUUGUUCUUUUUCCCAAUUAUAAAGUUAUAUAUGAUCAAUCCACACAAAAUUGUUAUAUUUAAUUGUUUAUAUAAAUAAAUUUCAAAUUAAUUAACUUUCUUGUGUUGAUAUUAAUUAAUAUCUACUGUGAGUGCGUCAUAGGUAGAUUACAAAUAUAUAUUAAUGAGUCAUGACCAACGCACCACCUAUAUAGAGGUAAUAAUUG